GUCGAGGUUUGAAAGGGAAAAGAAUAUUAUCGAGUUUCAAAAAUCCAAAAAAAAGAAAAAAAUUUUGGAUUGAUGAAAAUAACGAAAGACUUAUUAUUAAAACGUUAAAGUGAGAUGGCACGAGUGACUUGUUACAUGAUUAUACUGUUAUUCCUUUUGCCCGUUCCAUUCUCGUUCUCGAUGGAUGUAAACGAUGCUCUCAAAUAUAUACUUUUAAUUAAAGAUGUUCACAAGUAUUACAAAACGACUUGCAUCAUAAUCGUGCAUUCAGACAUUGAUACCGGUAAGUUUUGUUUCGCUUUUCUCGAAAAUUGUAUUAUAACAUUUGGAUUAAUUAAUUUAAAAUGCGAAAUCAAAGGGGAGCCGUUAUAUAUCUCUAUCUCUCGUACUUUCUUUCUCGAUUCGAGUGGAGAAAAGCAUAGGCGGGAAACAAUUAUCGUUUCAGAGUUGGAUCAAACGUCUCUGGCUUACAUAUGGUCCCGAGCUUUUUCUCAACAAGGUAUCUUGACGAUGAUCGCGAGCUUUUCCGAAUUAUCACACGAGAGGAAAUUUCAAGAUUACACGACACGUCCGCUGUGCGUCAUUAUUCUCGCUACGAAGGAGAACUUGAUUGAAUUUUCCACGAUCACCAGAUACAUCGACGUUUCGUUUUUCGUCUGGUUGGUGAUGUUUCUACCCUAUCAAGAAAAUUCUAUGCGAAAUUUUUGCCAAAAUCCUAUUGGAAAUCCGUUCAAUCUGAUCUUUAACACGGAGAUGUUGGUCCUCUGUUACGAUCACCCGGUUUUGAGAGAGUGGUACGCUCUGCGCGACGAUAAAACGAGAGUUUUCGAUUUGGCCACGUGGAAAUCUGGACAAGGAUUGAACGUAACUACGAGAAACACUUUGUACGCAAGAAGAAACAAUUUGUUCGGACAAACGAUGCGAAUAUCGAUCGUCAACGAAUCUUUGUUCAUCGAGAUGAAGAAUGGCGUUUUGUCGCUUUUUUGGGGGGCGGUGGUGAGAGAAUUGAGCAAAUCGAUGAAUUUCAAGAUCGAAGUGACCAGCAUAAUGUCGGAGUACGGUAGUUGGAACGAGGAGGAAAAGAUUUGGGAAGGUGUUAUAGGUGAAUUAGCAUCGAACAAAAGCGACAUGGGCGUCGCAGAAUUCAGCAUGACCAGCCAUAGGUUGGACGCUGUCGACUUUAGUUUGCCGUUGAUCAUGUCGCACAAGAGAAUAUAUUUUAAAAAGCCUGACAGCUCAUCCGUACACUGGUCCGCCUACUUGAAGACGUUCAACAUAGACAUUUGGAUGGUGAUAGUAUGCCUGAUCGUAUCCGUUCCGAUAUUUCUAACCGUUAUUAAAACGAGAGGUCGUGUCAAAAUGAACGUUCUAACGGAUAAUUACAUGCAUGUUUGGGGUAUUUAUUGUCAACAGGGAUUGUCAGAAUUUCCAACCGAGACCUCAAUGAGAUUGGGCUUCCUAUCGAUUUUCGUCUCGUCAUUGAUCAUUUUAUCCGCUUACUCCGCUUCGUUAACCAGUUUCUUAACAGUUUCCACGGUUAGCUUACCUUUCUCCACCAUGGAGGAAUUCGUCGAUCACGGGUCGUACGGAUUAAUUACGUUCAGAAACAGCGCUGAUUACGAGAUUAUAACUUCUAACAAUCGGAGCAUAACUUUGAAGCUGAAGAAAUUAAUAAAGGAGAAACACGAAUUGCCUUUGACGGCUCAGGAUGGAUUCGUACAGGUUUGCAACGAAAAAGUAGGAUUCUACUUGACCAAAGCUAUAAUGAACGCUAUGACAACAAUACCGUGUAAAACUGUAUACAUCAAAGCAUCAGGGAUCGAUAGUUUGGCUUUAAUCUUGACUAAACGAAGUCCCUACACUGGAUUGGUUAAUUACUUCAUACAACGGUACAAAGACAAUGGGGUGAUGAACAAGUUAAAACGCAUGUACUUCGUGAAAAAGCAAUUUUACGAUACCGGGUACAACAGUGUCACUUUGAGCGGAAUCGCGCCUAUCCUAUCUGUUCUGGCCGGUGGAAUACUUUUCAGCUGUCUUAUACUAAUUUUCGAGAAGGCGUAUCAUCAAUUUUGCAGCUGCGAGUCCAAGAGAACGUAUCAAUUCGUAUUUUGGCAGAAAUUUUUUGAUCGAGAAAUCGGGACGAAAGAAGGAAGGCGAGAUCAAAAUCUCGCGUUCAAAUUUAAGAAAAACCAAUUAUCGGAAAUUCUUCGUAAAAAUGAUUUUCUCACCUAAUUGCCUAACCUAGUAAAAUUGAUUCGAUCGCGUGUCUCUAAUUAUUUCAUCGAAACAACGCUGAUAAAACGUUGGUUCCCUAUCGGUGAGAGAAACCUCUCGUUAAUUUGUCGUAUAUUCUUCCAUCCUGAAAAAUCACUUUCACUUUAUAUCACACGGUAGCGAUCGAUAGAUCGUUAAAUAAUUAGUUUCCAUCGUGUAUCGUUUCUCUCGCAUUAACGGGACCCGGCUCGAAACCUUUCGAUCAUAAUUCCUUCUAAUAGCGUUAAUCACCGUAACAACUCGUCUUAUAUUAAACUCGUGUAAUAAAACGUGUUAUAUUUUGUAACGUUUACGGCCUUAUUCUUGUUAAUAAUAAUCGGCGAAAGUUUUCGUUUUUACCAUAUUAAUCCAGUACCAUCUGUAGAUCAUCGAUGAUCUCGACUAAUAAUAAUACAUGCAAGUAGCGAUUAAAGACAGAAGAAACGUGUUAUUAAUUUGAAAACUUCUGAAUCCGAAAUAUUCGAUGGAACAACCGUGGUAAUAACGUUGCGCAACACAGAUAUUCCCCUCCCUCCCAUGCUUGCAUAAGAAGAGCAAUUACACGUUGAUCGUGUUAGCGGCGAAAACUCGUACGAAAUGUUUGACCUAAGACCUUUCGGAAGAAAUUCACCCACGUGACUAUCUUCCCACGUGAAUCGCUUGAUAUCUGCCGGCUAAUCGAAACACACGCGAGGAUCCUCCUUUAUCCUCAUCCUUCGAUCCCGUCAACACUCUACGAUAUCUACGUUCAAAUGUUAAGGGAAAUUAACGCGAAAUUUGAUCGUGAGAAACUUAUACUUGCGCGAUAAAUAAAUCCAAUCCAGGAGGAAGAGGAAGAGAAAGAUCGAUCCUUUCGUAUUUCGCAAGAUAAGAAAGAAAGAAACGCGCGGUUGAACAGCGAGGAGAAAGGUUGGAAAAUAAAUAAAGUUAAUUAAAAACUUUGAAACUAACGUCGAAGUUUUUUGUUGGAUAAACAAAGGUGUACCGAUUAGUGUUCGAUUAUUAUCGAAU